GUAGAACUGAUGUGACGCACGAGAUUCAAAGUUGCCAGCAACGUUUCUGCUCAGACUCAUCUUCUACUUAAGUUUUUGACAAGCUUCAAAGAAAACAAAAAGAAAACUGUGUCCAUGUCGGUGUCCAAGUGAAGCGGGUUUUCAGUAUUACAAUGGAAAACCAAGUUAUUGGACCGGGUCCAUACAGGGCGACGAAACUGUGGAAUGAAACUAUCAGACUUUUUCGCAGUGGCAUGCCACUUAGAAGGCAUUGGGCACACUUUCGCUGCUAUGACUGCAGCUUCACGGGAACCGAGGCUGUGGAUUAUCUGCAUAAUCUGCUGAGGGACAAUCACAACUUUGGUCCUGAGAUAACCCGCUACCAGACCCUACAGCUGCUCAGAAAGUUCCUCAAGGCCCACGUGAUUGAAGAUAUCAAAGGCCGCCAUGGGACAGAGGACUUUGAGGACAAUGGCCAUUUGUACAGGUUCCCAACACUGUCUCCGCUCAAGUCUUUUCCAGCAAGGCCUGUAAUAAAGGACUGCAGUGACUUGCCCAGACUCAUCCGCUGGGAUGACUAUGAGGAGCUGCCUCAGCAGGAGAACAUUGCACCCGUGAAGUCUGCUGUCCUGACUUCAGAUUUGUGGAAUAAAAGGCACAGCGUUGCUAUUGGAGAUGUGCAUGAAUGCAAGCUCAUACGCAGGAAGGAGAUAACAUCAAAACAAGUGGAUCACAUCUGGAAGUCAAUGACAGUGGCACAUUUGCAGAGAGUGCUGGGUCUGAAGACACUGGAUGGUGUUUUGAACCCAGCGCAUGUCAAUGGCAAGCACAUUGUUCACAAUGUGUUCAGUGUCAAUAAAGCAGGCAUAGUUGUAUUGGAGAACAAAGCUGAGGACAUGCCCUAUUGGGUGGUAACUGCAAUGAAAUGCCUUGCUAACUGGCCUAAUGGCAAUGAAAGCAAACAGCCAGUGUACCCAGGUUUCGAGAGGGAUGUUCUUAGAACAGUAGCAGACUACUACCAGAGACUUAAAGAACCCCUGCUGACUUUUCAUCUGUAUGAAGUGUUUGUCAACAUUCUCAGUUUGCUGCCAGUGCAGGAGGCAGUCAGUGAGGCUCUUCAAGUAAGCUGCCUCCUUCUGCCGCCUCCCAACCGAAGACGCCUCCAGCUUUUAUUGCGUCUCAUGGCCCGAGUCUGUCAGAAUCCCCAGCUUCCUCCACUUAAUGACACGAUUGCUACCCGCACACUGAUGGUGCAGAUGUUCUCUCAGUGCGUUCUUGGCUCAGCAGACGACAUGGACUUGGAUGAGUUACUUGCCACCAAAUUGGUGACCUUCAUGAUGGAGCAUCACAACACCAUCUUCCAGGUGCCUGCCAAGCUGCGUUGCCAAGUUGAAGAGCAUCUGUCCCACCUCAAAAGAGCACAGAUCAAAUAUGAAGGUGCUGAUACAGAUUUCAGUGCAUCUCCAGCCUUCUACAAGCAGAUCAGCAGGGUGGAGUGUGAGGAGCAGAGGGUGAUAGGCACUCAGACCCCCCUGCAGCAGUUGCUAGAAGGCCUGAUUGCAGACAAAGAACUCCCUGCUAAAGACAAGAGGAAAAGACUAAAACAGUUUCAGAAGUCCUACCCUGAAGUCUACCAUAGUCGAUUUCCCACUGAAGAAAGCAAAGCUGCUGUCAUACCCGAGAAAACCCCACGACUCAAACCUAAUCUCAUGUUCUUCAGCAUCAAGAAACCCUUCCAGCCUUUUCAAAGAAGCUGGAGUUUCAGGGCAUGAUCUGCUACCACUAAAACAGGGGUGUCGAACUCCAGGCCUCGAGGGCCGGUGUCCUGCAGGUUUUAGAUAACACCCUGGGUCAACACACCUGAAUCAAAUGAUUAGUUCAUUACCAGGCUUCUGGAUAACUGCAAGACACGUUGAGGAGGUAAUUUAGUCAUUUGAAUCAGCUGUGUUGGAUCAAGGACACAUCUAAAACCUGCAGGACACCGGCCCUCGAGGCCUGGAGUUCGACACCUGUGCACUAAAACAUUUACACGUCUUAACCUCAGAGUUGCAAAAUGAGGAGUGAGGCUAUAAUGGUGCUCUCACCACAAUUACAGCGCUCUUCAUUAACCACUACAAUUUUUACUAAAAAAAAAAAAAAAAUUAGUCCUUGCAGCCGAUGGUAAACAAGGAUGAUGACUUGAAGAGCGUCUUCACUCAAGUUAUAGAAGAAUUAUAAGAGAUUUUCCUGAGUUUCUGUUUUAAUAAGAAACUUGAACUAAACUAUGAUCCACUUACACCUAAAGAGUUAUUAAUCGUGAUUUUUUUUUUUUUUUUCUUAGAUUUCAUUAACUGGUACUGGUACUUUGUAUGGUUACAAAGAUUUAAAACAGCAGAAAAUGAAAGUAGCAACAAUAGUAAAAUGCAUUACAAAAGUAUUAACAGGUUAUCGGAUGUUAACAUUUGGUUAAUCUUAUAGAUGAAAUUCAAGUGGUCUUGAAAUAUUGGUAGACAAUUAUAUUGUAUCAAAAUAUUCUUGGUGCUCCGAAUAAUCGCAUGUAAUUUCAUGAUGCUGACUCAACAAUGCAGUGCUGCGUUUCGUUUAAUAAUAACAACAAUAAUAAUAAUAAUAAUAAUUUCAUCAUAAAUUGGAAUUUAGGUGGCUUAAUCUUUUUUACUUUAAUCAGGUAGACCUUUGCUUAAUGAUGAACAUAUCAAGAGUUUGCCUAGAAACUAAAGUGACCCUCACUGGUCACUUUAUUAGGUACACUUGUUCAGCUGCUUGUUAAAGCAGAUAUGAUUGAGAUAGCAUUCUCACAGCCAGCUCAGUGCAUUUAGGCAUCUUUGAAUGUGCCAUGGUUAUCAUCACCAGACGGGCGAGUCUGAGUAUUUCAGAAACUGAUCUACUGGGAUUUUCCCACACAGCCAUCUCGUGAGUUACAAUAGAGUGGUCAAAAAGGAGAACAUCUCAUGUGAGAUCUCAGUCACUCAUGUGAACUAAGAACAGGAAACCAAGAAUACAAUUCACAUGGCCUAACCAAACUUGAACAAUUGAAGACUGGAAACCCUCCGUCUGGUCUGUUGAGUCUUGAAUUCUGCUGCGACAUUUGACAUAAAUGUCAUGAAAGCGCUGAGCCAUCCUGCCUAGCUGGUUUAUUAAUGUGGGGCAUGUUUUCUUGGCACACUUUGGGCCUCUUGUUGCUGUAUUGAGUAUUGUUGCUGACCAUGUCAAACCCUUUAUGACCACAGUGUAUCCAUCUUCUAAUGGCUGCUGCUAGGAGUAUAAUGCAACAUGGCGCAAAGUUGAACCAUCUCAAACUCGUUUGUUAAA